AUGGGUGUUAAAGGUUUUAACAGAUACAUUAAGGAUAAACUUAAAGAUAAAGAAGAAAAAUUAAUACUCUCUGAUAUUGCAAAAAAUAAAAGUCUUGAUGGUCCUGCAUUCUACCAUCGCCUGGCUAGUAAACUAUCAUUGUUUGGUUCUUUUGUUCAGCUAAGAAAUGAAAUUGUAGAAUAUUUUGAUAGACUAAAGAAAUUCAACAUUCAACCAAUUGUCUUUUUGGAUGGCCUUACACCUAGUGAUAAGCACAAAGCUCUCGAAAAGAGAUAUUUUGAUAAAGUGAAAAAAAUGAAUGGAGUUUCAAAGCUUCUCAAAGAUUCCAAGCCGUUUACUGAAGAGGAUUAUAAUGAUAUUAAAAUCAAAAUGGUCGCUGUUGAAUUCAAGAGAGUUUUGGAGGAGUUGAACAUUCUAACAUAUGUUGCAUUCCAAGAGACUGACUAUGAGAUCACCCAGUGGGCAGCUGAUAACAAAGAUGUAUUUGCUAUCAUUUCAACAGACUCUGACUAUUAUUUCUCGAAGAUGGGUAAUAGUUAUUUCAUACUUUAUGACAACUUUGUUGUAAAAGAUGAAUCAAUCGAAGCAAAAGGAUCUAAAUCAAAAAUGGUAGCUGAUUGCUUAAAUAUCAAAGUGAAACAACUACCAUUGUUAGCAAUUCUUAUGGGCAAUGACAUUACAGAGUUUAUAAUAGAAAAUACACAAAAUAAACAGGUCAAAAGGGUCAUCGAUUAUUCAACGAAUACUCAAGCCAGAAUUACUAAUAUCAUAGACUCUUUAAAGAAAUCAAAGAAAUGCUCUCUAAAUCAAACAUUGAAAAAUUAUUUUCGCAACAAAGAUGAUAUAGAGAAAUGUUUAAAUUCAUAUCAUAACUACCGUUCCAGAGGCAGGUCUAAAGAAGGAUUCGUCAAAAAUGGUUUAUUCUUUAGAAACUCACCACAUCUUCCCAGUGGAAUCAUGUAUAAACCAUACUAUCAACGAUUCUUCUCAUUUUCAACAGCAGGAUGUAUGAUCGACUACAACUACCUCUCAGCUCUAUACUCACCUAUGAACCAAGUAUCUACUUACUGUAAUGAUUUGGUUUCAUAUUCUCCAACUCCAGAGGGACUGCCUGAAAUAAAGAGUAGCUUUAGCAUAGAUGAUUGCUAUAGAACUAUGAUAACAUUGGACAAUCGUAUCUAUGAGUUUGCAUCAUGGUUCAAGGUGUUAGAGCAACCAAAACUACUUGAAUACUCAAAGAGAUAUUCUGGUCCUGCUGUUGCCUCUGCUAGAUACCAAUGUUUUGACGAUCUACUCAUGAUCCUGUCCAGUGUCGAGGUUAUGAAUAUACCCAGCAAUAUUCAAUGUCAUUUGAAGUCACCACACCAAGUUCUAGAUUCAACCAACUUGCAUCUCCUCUGGCAAUCGGCAACCAAGAGACUUGUCGGCAUACCACCAACCACUGCUGGCAAUGCUACCGAUCGACUUGGUCAUCUCUUCCCAAGCUUCAAAGACAAUAUCACAGAAGAUCAUCUUCAACAUUUUAAUUAUCUUAAAAAUGAAAUCUAUUCAAAUCUUAAAUUGUCAAACGAUGCAACAACCACAACCACUACUACCAAUCAAUCGAUUAAUCAAUGA